UGUAUGUCAUGGCUGGGGAGACGCUGUGUGCUGGUUAUCUAGGCUGUAGGCGAGGAGCGCUAGAAACAGCCGCAGCUCCCCUUUGCCGACAGGCUGAUCGAGGGAGUGAAUGUCUGGGUGAGUGUGUGUGUGUGUGAGUGAGUGAGUGAGUGAGUGUGUGUGCGCAUGUAGAUGCUGCAUGGGCUGCAACCGGAGCUGCUGCUGCUGUUGGUGAAUUAUGCAGACAGAGGAACAGAGUUUAGAUGGUAUGCAGCGAGACGGAUUAAUAAUGCAUCCUGCCGGGUUACGAGCUCUGCAUUAGUUAGUUUUGCUGGAACCUGUAGCUGCCUACUGUCUGCCUGAUUGCCCGACUUCCUAAGUCCCUUUCUGCCUGCCUUCCUACCUGACUGGCGGACCACGUACCUACAAAGAAAAUGUCUCAUUACCAUUUCAUCAAAUGCUGCUGUUUUCAGCUAUGUAAUGUCUUUCGUCAAAACAUGGAGAUAGACCAGUGUCUGCUGGAGUCUCUCCCCAUUGGCCAGCGCCAGCGGCUGGUCAGGAGGAUGCGUUGCGACCAAAUACGGGCAUACUACGAACGGGAGAAGAGCCUUCUGCGGCAGCAAGGUGGAGUCAAGGGUCGGUCUGCGUCUAUGCACCGCAAGAAGCCCCGGGUCCGCUUCAACCAAACCGAUGUCAUACGGGAUGCCAUCAUUCGCCAUGACGACAAAGAAGUGAUUCGUCUCCUGAAGGAAGGAACAGACCGCAACACACCCACCGCUUCUGGGGGAUCUUUGCUGCAUCUGUGUGCUCGCCAUGACAACGUGUUUGCUGCAGAACUUCUGAUUGAGCGCGGCCUGAAUGUCAACCUGCAGGAUGAAGACCUGUGGACAGCCCUGCAUGUAGCGUGUGUGUGUGACCAUGCAGAUGUGGUGCUGCUUCUGCUGCUGGCCGGGGUGAAUGUUCUGCUGCAGGACGUCAACGGGAACAUUCCUCUCGACUACGCCACAGAGGGAACCGAGACCAGAUAUAUCCUCCAAAAACACCUUGAAGAAAAUGGUGUGGAUGUCUCAUCCAUGCACACCAUGAAGAUGCAGAGACCCAACACAAUGCUGUCUGAUGUCAGACAGCUUGUAGCCGCAGGGGGAAGCGUCAACCAGCCUGGUGAUGACGGGGUCACUCUGCUCCACAUCGCCUGUGCCAGCGGUUACAGAGAGGUGGUGUCUUUGUUGUUGGAGAGCGGGGCCGACCCUCAUCCUGCCGACAACAACUUUUGGACUCCUCUCCACCUGGCGGCUAAAUAUGGACAGACAAGCAUCGUUAGCCAGCUCCUGCGGCAUCGAGCGAACCCGACUCUGUUGAACCGCAACCAAGACAAGCCCUCAGACAUUGCAGCGUCCGAGCCCAUUGCUGACCUGCUGCUGAACGCAGAGGAGAGCUGGAUGCAGAGACUGGCAGACCCCUCUGCUCCUCUUCCAUCCACUGACCCACGCUAUGACAGCGGUUCACACGACCUCAACACCCCCGUCAAGAACUUGAACCCCCUGGGUCUCUCUAUCUCUAAGCGGGACAGUCUGCUUGAGAAGUGUGCCAUGUUCAGAGAUGCAGGAGGAGCACUGAGCCGACAGCCCUCACAGGACAACGGCCUAGAUGGCCCCUUUAGCUCGGGAGCCGGUAAACUGGAGCAGGUCAAACUGAUGCCUCCAGCUCCAAACGAUGACCUGGCGUCUCUCAGCGAGCUGACCGACAGCAGCCUGCUCUACGAGAUGCAAAAGCGCUUCUGCAACGACCAAAUCUAUACCUACAUCGGACACAUUCUUCUCCUGGUUAAUCCAAACAAAGAGCUGCCCAUCUACUCCACUUUGGUGAGUCAGUUGUACCUGAGCUCCACGGGUCGUCUGUGCUCCUCUCUGCCGCCUCACAUCUUCUCCUCAGCGGAACGAGCUUACCACAUGAUGCUGCUGGAGAGGCGCCCGCAGUGUUUCAUCCUCAGUGGUGAAAGUGGUUCUGGAAAAUCCGAGGCAUGUAAGCACAUAGUGAGACACCUGACAGCCCGCUCCAGCCCCAAAGGCCUCGCCUUGGAGUCCAGAAUGAAACAUGUUAACUCUAUCCUGGAGGCCUUCGGUCAUGCAAAGACUCAGAAGAACAACAACUCAAGCCGCUUUAUAAAGCUGUUGACCAUCCAAUACUGUGACAAGAGGAGGACGCUGCUCAGAGCUCGACUGUACACGUACAUGCUGGAGAAGUCCCGCCUGGUGCACCUGUCUCCUCAACAGCACAGCUUCAGCAUCUUCUAUCUGAUGGCUGAAGGCAUGUCGCCUGAGGAGCAUAGUGCACUUUACCUCAACAAUGUCCUGACUCAUAGGUAUCUUAAUGGAGCAGUUGCGGGGGAAAAACCUCCAGUAGCGACAGCCUCGAUCCAAAGCAGGGAACGCCUGGCAGCAGUCAAACAAGCCCUGCGAGCCCUGGGCUUCAACAAGCAG